ACCCACGACACCCGUUGCCUUUUGGCCUUGCAUCCAUUUACUAUUGUUCCAUCCAUUUUCCUUACAUCUAAUAUGCCCAAUAAUCAAUUCAUCCAUCCACUUUCUGAGUCCAUCUAUCCACCCAUCCCUUUCACCAUCUGUCCAUCCAGUAAUAUUUCCUCCAUCUAUUUGUUGCAUCCAUCCUUCCUUCUUUCAUCCAUCUGAUGAAGUGAUGAAGCACUCCAGCAUGUGUUUUAGCAUCUCUCCAUGAAACCAUUCAUCUGUCCAGUUAUCCACCCAUCUCUUUGUAGUUUAUUUCCAGAUUCCAUGUUUAGAUCUUAACCAAAGUAGAAAUAUGUUCAAUAUCCAACAGGAACAUACAUUUUUAUACUAUUAAAAUGGUUCUAAGGGGACAGAACUGUGGGAAUUUGGUUCUGACAAAGUCUGACAUGAAAACAUCUCUUAAAUUAAGCCUGAGAAAGACCCUUAAAAUGUUUGAAAAUAUAUAUUUUUAAAGUGAACUCAUGUCUAACUCCUGGACUUAAACAACUGUGUUUUGUAACAUGAUCAAAGACACAGAAGUGUUUCCAAGAUAGACAACUUGACCCAUCCGCUUAUAUAUAACAUGCUCUGUUUUCCAUAGAAAAAUCAGGAAGACAGAAACUUGAGAUGGAAGCAAAGCAGGAAAAAUCGUGAUUAAUGCUGAAGUGUUGGAAGCGGAGUCUAGACACGAGCUAUAUUAACCUCCGAGGGCCACACGUGCCACCGAUCACCGCCUGGUCCCGAGUCAGGCUGUGAACAAGAAUCAUGCCUGUGCAGCGUGGCCUCUCCUCCUGAAGCCGCUCCUCCUGAAGCCGCUCCUCCAGGAGCGCUGAUAAAAAGCAGAGGAACAAGGAGAGGUGUGAGGACGCAGUCAGCCAGAUCCCGUCUCCUCACCAUGGCAUUUGCUCUUUUAACCCUCCUAUCCGCUGGCAUCGGUGUGACCCUCUGCUUUCCUGCUGAUUUUCAAGACCUGGGGGGAAAUGGCAGAAACAAGACCUCCAUUAGGUUCCUGGUUGUAGGGGACUGGGGCGGACUCCCCACCUCGCCUUAUGUCACGACUGAGCAGACGCUUACAGCUCAGGAAAUGGGCAACGUAGCAGCACAGAUGGGUGCCGACUUUAUUCUGGCGCUUGGUGAUAACUUCUACUACAAAGGUGUGGACAGUGUGGAUUCCCCACGGUUUCAGGAAACCUUUGAGUCUGUCUACACCUCAAAGUAUCUCAGAGUCCCUUGGUAUGUUGUGGCUGGUAAUCAUGACCAUGCAGGAAACGUCAAAGCUCAGAUCGAGUACUCUCAAAAGUCCGACAGAUGGAAGUUUCCCUCUUAUUACUACGAGCUGAACUUCCGCAUCCCCAACACGGGGAAGACUCUCACCAUCAUCAUGCUCGACACGGUGAUGCUCUGUGGAAACUCCGACGACUUCGCUGACGCGCAGCCCAGAGGCCCCCUGUCUGCGGUGGACGCCAACCGUCAGCUGGUCUGGCUGCAGGACCGGCUGGCCCGGUCCAAGGCAGACUUCCUGUUGGUGGCGGGCCACUAUCCGGUCUGGUCCGUGUCGGAGCACGGCCCCACAAAGUGCUUACUGAAGAACCUUCGCCCUCUGCUCCUUAAACACAACGUGACCGCGUACCUGUGUGGACACGACCACAAUCUGCAGUACCUUGAAGAGACUGGUGUGGGCUAUGUAGUCAGUGGUGCUGGGAACUUCUUGGAUGAUGACACCAGACACUGGAACCACGUCCCCAAGGACUCUUUGAAGUUUUUCACCGGCGAGUCUUCGACCAAGGGGGGGUUCGUUCAUGCGGAGGUCACAGACAGCAAGCUGUUCCUGACCUACUUCCAGGCCAUAGGCACGUCUCUGUUCCGCACCGUCCUUUCCCAGAGGAAGUUCAUGUAGACGUCCAACUGAGACAAUCGUUCAUUGUGAAAAGGACUAAUCUGUGAUGUCGAAUCGGUGACGUUUGAUUCUGCUUUUAACUUUGCCACAAAAUUUUCAUGUGAAUUUAUUGUAAACUAAAAUGUGUUUCGUAAAGUGUGGCGUCUCUUGUUUUGACAGCAGCUUCCAAAGGCUUCUUUCAGGCACUGUAUAUUCAGGAGCCUUAUUGUAUAAUUUAGUAAUGCCAAAUAAUGACAGCAUAUUGGAUUAUUUUUUCCUCCCAUUAGAUGUCGUGCAUGGUAAUGCUAUUCUUUUAACUUGUUCACACAGAAAACUGUUCUGGUUUUUGAGUGAAAUUUAACAGCAGAACUCCCUGGAAAGCUUUAGAGCCGUUUUAUCUUUUUCUUGAUGUCUGUACAUUUUCUUUGCAAUGGAUUUUCUUUUCCACUGAAAUCAGUUCAAACUUUUU